AUGCUCGCUUUCCAGCCGCGCACGUUUGUCGGAGCACAGAGUGGCCGCAUUUCUUCGCUGCCUCGCCUUCAGCUGGGACGCAGACUGCGUUUCCAGACGAUAUUACGCUUGUUGGGCAUGAUGGCAUCUAUGAUUGCCGUAGUGCCACUUGGACUGUUAAAAAUGAGAGCGUUUCAACGCUGGACUCUCUCUCACCGUUUGUGUGCAUCGCGUCACCUCCGGAGGAGGCUGCCAGUAACCACGUCUUGCAUGCUAGCUCUCCGUCCUUGGAGGGAGCCCAGGCUGCUGCAUCAGGGCUCUCGGAUUGGGAGGGUGUUGUUUCGCAAGGGGGUGUCCACAGAUGCUUCCCUAAGAGGGUGGGGAGCGCUGUGCGAGGGUGCAUCAGUGAGAGGGAUCUGGUCCGCAGCCCAGCGCCAGCUGCACAUCAACCACUUAGAGCUGUUAGCAGUGUUCUUAGCUCUAAAGCAUUUCCGUCCAGUCCUGGAGGGCCAGCAUGUCUUAGUCAGGACGGACAAUUCAACAGUGGUGUCUUACAUAAACAGGCAGGGAGGAACACGCUCUCUUCCCCUGUUGAAGCUGUCUCGCUCUCUGCUGUUAUGGUGCAGUGUUCAUUUUCUGUCUCUAAGAGCCACCCAUGUCCCGGGCCACCUGAACCUGGGGCCGGACCUUCUCUCCAGGGGGGGUCCUCUGGUCGUGGUAUGCAGAGAUAAUCAGCCUGCUAGCAGCGAGUCCUUGGCAGCUUCCUCUCCGCAGGGAUCUCCUCUCUCAGGCGGGAGGAGAAGUGUUUCAUCCGCGCCCAGAUCUGUGGCGCCUUCAUGCUUACCUGCUGAGAGGUUAAACUCGAUUGCUAUGGGUUUGCCACCUAGUGUGAUAGCGACAAUUCAGAGUGCUAGAGCCUCAUCUACUAGAAGCUUGUACGCUUGCAAAUGGCGAGCCUUCGAGCAAUGGUGCCAGGACCGCCACACUCUCCCAUUUCAGUGCUCUAUUGUGGAUGUUUUGACAUUCCUGCAGGAGCUGCUGGAUAAGGGCCUUUCAUUUUCGACAAUUAAGGUUUAUUUAGCAGCUAUAUCUGCUUGUCAUAUUGGCUUUGACGGGGUGACACUAGGUGCACAUCACCUUGCUAUACGUUUUCUGAAAGGAGUUCGCCGGCUGAGGCCCGUGCUUAAAUCCAGUGUCCCUGCUUGGGACUUGUCUUUGGUGCUGGAGGCCCUUUGUAGCCCCCUGUUUGAACCCAUUGAGUCUGUGGAUAUGAAAUUUCUUUCAUAUAAGACUGUAUUACUUCUCGCUUUGGCUUCGGCAAAGCGAGUGGGUGACCUUCAUGCAUUGUCUGUGCAUCCCGCCUGCACACAGUUUUCUCCUGAUGGCCACAAGGUCGUAUUGCGUCCAAAUGCUGCCUAUUUUCCCAAGAUCAUGCCUGCACCUUAUAGCUCAAUGGAGUUUGAGUUGCUGAGCUUUUGCUCCCCUCCUUUUGCAUCUGAGGAGCAGAGGAGGAUGCAUUCUCUUUGUCCAGUGCGUGUGCUACGCACCUACAUUGAGCGCACUCAGAAUGUGCGUUUAUGUGACCAGCUGUUUGUCUGCUUCGCUAAUCCAAAAAGAGGUAGAGCUCUGUCCAAACAGAGGCUGUCCCACUGGAUUAUAGAAGCUAUCUCACUGGCAUACAGCACCAGAGGUCUUGCUUUGCCCCACGGGGUGAGAGCUCAUUCCACCAGGGGGAUGGCAACCUCAUGGGCUCUUUUUAAAGGGGUGCCUGUAGCUGAUAUUUGUGCGGCAGCUAGUUGGGCAUCACCGCACACUUUUGUGCGGUUUUAUCGGUUGGACGUUACAGCCCCUUCGGUGGCUCAUGCUGUCCUUUCUGCUGGGUCUACCACUCGCUAA